AUGUCGUGGUUUUUGGGUAAAAAAUUUAAGCGAGUACGCUGUGAGAAUAUAGAUGAAUUAUUAAAUUCGACAAAUGCCAGCGAGGAAGUGAUACGGUUUUUGAAAGGCAGUCCUCCUACUAUAUCUUUCACUAAAAUAGAUGACAUAAAUUUCAUGUUCACACUGGAGGCCGACAAAAAACAUCACUCUUAUAUGUUCAAGGUGGGGGAAGUAAACGAAGUGCAAAGGCGAGAUGGAAGUAAGAUUGAAGUCUUAUAUCAGCUGGAAAGUGACAACAUAAUGAAACAAACAAUUAGAAUGCCUCACGGAAAAACAGCCUGCUUCACAAGGGAAUUUAGUGAGACAGGAGCAAAAAUGACAGUGGAGCUAGAGGGCUCUUCAAUCAAAGGCACGAUAUACUAUGAAGUUGUCGAAUGA